AUGGCUUCUGCUUCUUUAUUCAACAUCUCUUCUGCUCUCUCCUCCUCCUCCUCAUCUUCAACAACUCCCUUGUUCCGGCUAGAUGAUCGCAGGGGGCUGCUGAGUUUCUCAACUUGUCGGCGAAAGGCCGGGCCUGCAGCUGCCAUGAAACUCAUAAGCCUCAAAGAAAAGAAGGUGGAAGCAGCAUCAUUGGAACCUCUACCAUCACUGGAACCAUAUAACAAGCAUUCUAAACUCUGCAACUUCGGAUUGGAAAAGAAGACGACCUUAGUACCUUUCUUCUUUGAAGGACAUGUCAUUGGAUACAUAAACCCAAAGUUUCUGCAGAAUCUCGGAAAAUUUUCAGAUGUUUUCAGCUUGGUGUGGGACAUCGAGGGCGACGUGCGAAAGAAAAUCCACAGAAAAGAUUUUGGUAUUGCCUUCCAACCUACCCUGAGGACCAAGGAAGAGAGAACAGCAGCCAUUAGCCACGUGGUCAAGACUCUUCACUUCAAUGGCCAUCUCCCAAAGCCCCAUGGCGAGUUGUAUGCAGUGUCAACUCACUUUCAUGGGGAGACAAUCUUCUCUCUCGACAGAAGCUAUGCACCAUACUUUGGUAUUCAGGGAUACGCAGUGCAUGUGAACGGUUACGUGGAGAGGAAGGGAGAGAAGAAGGUGUGGGUUGGAAAGAGGAGCAUGAGUAAAAGCACAUAUCCUGGUUUCUUUGAUCAACUUGUUGCUGGAGGCUUGCCUGAGGGACUCACUUGCAAAGAGAAUGUCAUCAAGGAGUGCCGGGAAGAAGCUGGAAUAGGUCGUGCCAUUGCAGAGAGGGCAAUGCCGGUGAGCAUUCUGAGCUAUGAGCAGAUCGAAGGCUGCAAGUUUGAGAGAUACGUGCUCUUCUGCUAUGACUUGCACCUCCCUCGGAAUUUCACGCCUCAAUGCACAGAUGGGGAGGUGGAAAGCUUCCAUCUUCUAUCGAUCCCCUGCAUCAAGAACAUCCUUGAAACUUCAACCAAGUUCAAGCCAAGUUGUGCUAUAGUAACCAUCGAUUUCCUCAUACGCCAUGGGAUGAUAAAGCCAGAUCAGAAAGGCUACCUAACCCUGUUGAAAAGCCUAAGAGGGGGCAACUGCCUCUGAAGUAGCCAAGCAGGAAUGAAGAUCAAAUAUUCUUUUUUAUUGUUUGAUAUCUUUAUGUAAAUAUCAUUGAAAGCGAUUGUUUAUCAUUGUUUUUUCUCUUCCCUGGUUUCCCUUCUACAUGCCUUGUUGUAAAUAAAGCGGCAGCUAAAGAGCUCCCUUUCUGUAUAUCAUGGUCCUUACCGACCACCUUGAAUUCAAAGAUUCCUUUAUUCUUA